CUAGGUCUAGCAGACUGUCUGUUCCUGUGUGCGAUAGUUCACUAUCGGACGCUGCUCCAAUGCCCUGGAUCACAGCGUCUGUCUCCUCGCAGGACCCGUCCGCUUUACCCACAGUUCCCCGCGCUCAGACAAGAUGGAGGAACGCAGCAGCUGCAGGAGAACAAUGUUUGGACUCUGAACAUUAAAAGAAACGAUCGAGGGGGGAAUUACACACAGAGAGAGCCAACGGUGGACAUGCACUGGAUGAGUGAGGUGGCCUUGCAUUGAAGCAGACCCUAUCGCCCUCUGUUCCAGCAUCAGCAUCAGUGUGAUAACACUCUGAGCCUUGCCCCUUCAACAUGAGCCUGAUCCAGGACAAAUUUGGCAAUGAGUUCCUCCGCUCCAACGGUGGCAUGGAGCCAGGCUUCGGUCCGGGCAUGCUCAUGUUCAGCCACCUGCCCCCGGUUACUAGCUUCACCCGGCUGGCCAGUCAAACAGUUAUGGCUGAUUUGCAGCCACAUGAGAUGAUCUUGAAGAAGGAGAGGGACUCGCCGGACUGUGGAGGAGGGCUGAGUGCUGGAGGCAUGGGUGGUGGAGGUGGCAUAGGUGGGAUGAUGGGAAGCAUGGGAGAUUACGUUCAUGCAAUGGGCAUUAAACAGGAGAAGGUCUCUGAACACGAUUACAGGCUGCCUCUUUACCCGGGAGGUGGAGCCGGAACUGGAAUACGAAGCGGAGGAGAGUUGCUGGAGGUCUCGCUGGGCAACCAUCAGAACCUGGUGGUGCACGACCUCAGUCUGGGAAAUCUGUCAGGACGGCUGGUAAAGGAAUCCUCAGGGAGGAAAGGUCGAAGGUCAAACGGUGAGGGACAGGAGGCCAAGACACGGAGGAAACGAGGAGAGUCGAAGUCAAUGAUGCUGGAUCCAGAUGGAGGGAGCUUGUCUCCAAACUCCAAACCGCACAUCUGUGAGCACUGCAAUGCAGCGUUCAGGAGCUCCUAUCAUUUACGCAGACAUGUGCUUAUACACACAGGUCAGCAUGUGUUUACACUUAUACAAAAGAGCAUGCAUAUGUUAGUAUAAAACCUCUUACAGAGACACGAGAAGAUCCACAGUGGAGAGAAGCCAUUCAGCUGUGACCAGUGCAACAUGCGUUUUAUUCAGAAGUAUCACAUGGAAAGACACAAGAGAACUCAUAGUGGAGAAAAGCCAUAUAAGUGUGACACCUGCCAACAGUAUUUUUCCAGAACGGACCGGUUGCUGAAGCACAAGCGGACGUGUGGAGAUGCCAUAAAAAAGGGUGUGGAUGGGGCAGAGCAGGUGGGCUCAGCAGGCGACGGAGAACACGGCAGCUACGGAAUCUCUCAUCUAAAUGAAACUACGCCAAGUAGCAAAAAACGGGGCAAGACAAAAAAUGCUGGUGAAGGGGGUGAGCGAAAACGUAAAAAGUCAUCUGGGACUAUGGGAGUGACGCAUUGUCAGGGGGUGGACAAUUACGGGGUGCAUGACUUUGGCUCAGCCGGGAACCACAUGGUAUCAACGUCAUCUUCAGCCCAACCGGGCCCCAGCAUGCAUGGUGAACAUGGCCGGGCUCCCAAGAUGCCCUUUAAGAAGGGGAACAGGAAGUUCCUGGAGAAAAAUACUCACCCCAUGGAUCAAUCCAAGCCAGGAGGCAUGGAGUUGCCUGCGGGAGGAGGCCUGGACAGCCUCGAGCUUCUUCAAGGUUCGGGGGCCAAAGUUGGUCCCAGCAGCAGUAACUAUGACGAUGCCAUGCAGUUUCUGAAGAAGAGGCGAUACCUCCAUGUGCCGAACAGUGGCGGUGCCGCUUCUGGAGCUUCAGACUAUGAUGUAAGCGUAAGUCAUCUGCAGUCACAACCGACGGUCAUUCAGGGUGUCGUUUCUGGGGUCCUAGACGGCGAUGCUGCACUGGGCCUCCUGGACUCAUCCCCUCUGGGAGAUAUAAAGCAGGACAAGUCUGGUAUCCCAGAUGAGGUUCUCCAGAGCUUGUUGGACCACUAUGCUCACAAGCCUGAAGUGACCUUCGACAUCACUGAUCCCCAUCAUGUCGAGCUCCAGCCAGCCACCACAGAUGCUACAGACCCGCUUGGAACCGAGGACACCCCGUCAAGUCCCAACAGUGGUGACAAAGCCGUAAUCAUGCAUGAGUACUCACGUUUUCUCCUACAGGCACUAGAGAGGACCAGUCACAGUGCAAGCUUCCCGUUAGGCUCCAGUCCUGGUUCUGCCGUGACUACCACAGGAGCAUUUUCAGGCCCUAGCCCGCUUUUGUCAGACAAGCAUGUGUAUACUUCCUCACCUCUCGAGUACUCGUACUCUCAACCUGUCUCGUCUUCGCCCUCUCUUUCAUCUGUGCCAAAGUCCCACUUUGGUCUUCUUGAGGGCUCGUCGCCUCCAACGGGCUUCCACUUAAGCAGCCUGGAACCGCACACGCAGCAGCUCACACCUUCCCAGGAGCUCACCGAACAGCUGGAUAAGCAGCACACCACCCCUCCGCCGCCUCCACAUACCCCCAACACCAACGCCUACCAGAUCACACCUCAGCCUCCAGACCUGGGCGGUCCAAAGGAAUCUCAAGGGCCGAAAAAUGGAGCCACAGCCACCACAGGAGGAUUCUCCCUGGCUGCUUCCCAGGACCUGGUCACGCUGGACCCAGCCAAGGCUCCUUAUCAGAUCGAGAACUUUGCCCAGGCUUUUGGGGCGCAGUUUAAAGGGGGCCGAGUGUCCCUGGCCUUCAGCAGUGACUCGGUGGGAGAGGUAACUCACCGCUUACAGACAUCAGUCUCCGAAUUCUCAGGGUAUAGCAGUCUCUUGGCUGAUGCCAGCGACCCAGUCAGCAGUGGCUCCAAAACCCCAACAAGCCAAAGCUACAGGUGAAUGGGCUCCUGUGCCUAGAUGCUCAGAUGGAGGUUCAUUAUUUUUAUUUUGUCAUGCUGUCUUUAUUUUGUAUUGUUGCUGUUGUUGUUGUUGUUAUUAUUGUUAUUAUUAAUAUUGUUAUUAUUAUUGUUAUUUAGUUCUCCUACUUUAAUGAAAUUGUAAUGUUUUUAAGUAAUGUUUUUCUCACUGCCAUUAUGUUCACAUGAAAUUUCACCCUCCUUUGGCCUGCGAUGCAUUUUCCAUUAUUACGUUCUUUUUUUUUUAUUUCCUUUGGAAUAAAAGGAAAUGCUCCAUAGACUUUUAGUUCUGCUCUGUUAAUCAAUAGACGAAAAAAAGCUAAAUUAGUCCUGUUUACUUUUUUCCAAAAGUUAUUCACUUACAUUUACGCAUUUGACUUCACAAGCAUGUAAAAAUAAGUAUGAAAAAGCAAUGGCAGGGAGUCACCCAGAACUGAAAUCUGUUACAAUGAUUCAAGUAUUACUCAGGAAAACGUGUGGACAGCAAAUCUCUAAGAAGGGUAGCAAGCAUUCAUCCAAGAGGCAGAUAUUUUGCAAAUACAAAGAGCUUUUUCAGGAGAUUUUUUUUUUAUAUUAUUAUUAUUCUUCUGAAUAAGUGCAUCAAGUAGACGAAAAUGCUGCCUGUUAAAUUACACUGACUCCACUUUCCACUUAGCUGUAUAGAGAUUAUGGUACUUUUAUGUCAAUGUGAAAUGUUCACAUUCUCUUUCAGUAAGGGCCAUAUAUAUAUAAAUAUAUAUUUAUAAGAAUAUCUGUGUGUAAAAUAACAUAUACUCUUUCUUGAGACUGGCAGGUGACUUGGAGGGGGAUAAAGAGGGAUUGAGUUUGUGAAGGGAGCCCUGUGACUGACAGCACAUGAACUCCCUUCACCCUGUCCUUCUUUUUUUCCCUUGGAUUGUGAAGCCAAGGGCUAUACACUAGAGGGCGCUGCAUGUGAGCGUGUAAGUGCCUCUUGGCACAGGCCACAUCAUGGGAUUCUUCUGCACCUGUCUGGCUUGCUCAUCCCUCUCUCCCUCCAUCCACUCCUCCUUUCCCUUCUUCGUCAGAAAGAAUCCCAUUUAGCACUUUUUUGAUCCUGUUAAUUUUACAUGGUGAAUGAAACUACCCAGGCUGAUCACACAGAAUGUGAACUGUGUAACUGACAUGCUGUUUUUAAAAGGGGGCAGUGGACAGAUUCAUUUUAGGAAAGCGUAGAUUAUGUUGAAAAAGCCAACGAUAAGGUCUUUUUUUUUUUAUUGAAAACGUUAGUUUCAAUGGGAUGUGUUUGCUGGAACUAAGGGUGGGCUUUUCUUGGGGCGGGAGUGUAGGGUGUCUUUUUUAUAUUUUAUUCCCAGCUUCUCAUGGAUGCAGGGCAGGUUAUAGAGGUGGGUCUUUCUUCUCCUUUUUGCUUUACUUCAAAAGUAUUGGGUUGGGAAAAUGUGCUUUGUGGUAAAAUGGCCCCUGUUUUACCAAUUACAAUGUUUUUUGUUGUUGCUUUUUUUUUUUUUUUAGCCUUUCACCAGAGGCGACUUGUAAAAAGUCCCGAUCUUAGUAAUUUAUAUAGUAUUGGUCCUAAAUAUACUGAUGGAACAGUCCAAAAGGAAUUUAGCCGACUUAUUGCAGUGUGCAUGCAGGGCAAAGUAUUACCUUGAACUACAUUUUUAUAUGUUUGAUUUUGUACUGUACAAGUAUUAUUGUAUUUUUUUUUUAAUCAACAACGGUCUUCCAUCAGCGCUGUUGGCUGCUGUUACACUGUCCUUUAAUUACUGUCAUCUAAUGUUGUUCCUUUUUCAUGUGUUUUGCCUACCGAUCCCCAAAGACAGAACCACAUGCAAGAUUGUUUGACAGGCGGACUUCUCUUAGGGAACACAAACUGACCACUAGGACUCAUUUAGGAAGGUUGGGGUACUCUUUUCACAAUAAUGCUAAUAAUAAUAAUCACAUUAAUGAGAAGUGUGAUGACUAAAAUGAAAUCAUCACAGCUGAUGUUUUUAUACCUCAUAUCACUGGUCACAGAAGCAGGGAUAUCAAAGAGUGACUGUAUGUAGCAUGACUGAUGUGGCUACUGUUAAGAAACACCUCAAAUAGUCCCUUUGCCAUGACAGCUUGUCUUUUUCUUUUUUUGUACUAUGUACUUUUUUCCCUCUUCAGAGACAAUUUUCUGAACGCAAGGUUCUUGAAGUUGGUCACUCUGUAUUGUUUCAAUAACUGUAAGGUCAGGAGAUCUAAAGAUGCUAUGAGUUGAAAUCUAAAUUUAUUCAGAUUGUGCACAGGCUAUCAAUUUAUUUUUGUUUUAAAUUCAGCCUGUGCCCUGCAGUUAUGUUCUGUAAAUGUGAAGCACAGCUGAAAUAUGAUUUCCGGUUCAAUGUGUAAAGCCCCCUCAGACACCGUUAAGCCUUGAAUGAUGUGGCUUGAAUAAUGCCAGCCAUCAGUCUGUCAGUGGUUGCCACCAGAAGGAUCUCUUGACAAUUUUUAUUUUAAUUUUGUUCUUUUUUGGCUUCACGCCGUAUAUUCUUGAACGUUUUUUUUUUUUCUUUUUACCGUUAAUAACACUACUUUUUUUCUUUUUUUUUUUUUUGCAUGUACACUUUUCAAAAUGUUUUCUUUUUGCUCCCUUUUUGUCACCAUGCCAAAUUUGUAGCUAAUGAUCUUUUUUUCUCCUGUCUUAUUUUAUUACAGAUUCUUGUGAUCUGAUACACAGGGCUAUACCUGUCCAUUUUGACUUUUAUUAUUGAUUAGGAAAAACAAUAAAAAUGCUGAGAUCAGUGUG